CGAUCCUCUACACCCAUCGUUUCCUACAGCUGUCUACCUCUCCGUAAAGAAACUUGAAUCUGAUUCAGAGAAUUGGGCGAAUCUCACAGAGCUUGAGGAGGCUUAUUGCAGUGGCAGUGUUGUUCAGAAUUUCAGGUCGGCCCUAUAGACUAUGUAUGCGACAACUACGAUCAUGUCUCGCGACCUGAGUAGCCUCCGUUUAGGCACUCCUCGCCGUGGAUCUUGGGAUGCUGUUCCCAGUCCCAAUCGUCUUCUGGGAAGCUCAGCAACCAAAGGUAGUCAUCAAAGUUUCCUGCUAAAUCGGGGCUUGCCGUCACUCCGCAUCAGAAGCAGAGAACUUAGUAAAACCACUACGAAGAUGGAUGUGACUGUAUACAACAGUAACAAUGGUCAACCGAGCGGAUCCCCUUCGAACUCUUGGAGAAGCUGGAUUUUUGGAAUUCUGGUAACGAUAGUUCUACCCUUCUUGAAGAACAAAUGGGCACCAUUGCUUACUCUGAAAAAGGAGGUGGACACGGUGGUAGACACCAUUGAAAAUGUGGUGACUGUGGUAGAAAAAGUGGCGGAGGAAGUGGAGAAAGUAGCCGAUGAAGUUGCCGAUAAACUUCCGGAGGGCGGAAAGCUCAGGGAAGCUGUUUGUGCCGUUGAACACAUAGCUAAGGAAGCAGCUAAGGAUGCACAAAUGGCCGGAGAUUUCAUAGACAAGGUAGAGGAGGUGGAGAAAGAUGUGGAAGCACUCAUCGAACCGGUCCAGGCUCUUGCAAGCAUGGCCGCCAACGAAGACGGUGAAGAGAAAGCAUCCACUGAACCGGUCCGGACUCUUGCAAGCGUAGCCACUAAGGAAGACGAUGAAUCAACCAAAUAGAAAAUGUAUACAAGUUACUACUAUGCCUUAUCGAUCCGCUUUU